AUAGUAAUAAAUAAAGAAUACAAUAAAUCGUUCACACCUUCGAUAAUGUGAUCUUGUGUGUGUGGGUGUGUGUUUUAAAAGCUUUUAAAGGAUAAGCCAAUUCUUAUUAAAUCAAGAAAUGUGGAUAGAUUGAAAACUCAAAAGGCAAUUCAAAAAAAAAGCUUUGCUCAACCAAAAAGUAUUUCCAGUUCCAUAAUCAACGAACUUAUUUGGAUUAGCGGCUUUGCAAGAGAUAUAUUUAAACUUGAAGUAUGGGCUUAGAAAAACAUUAUUUGAGAUAUGGACGCACGGCUAGAGAUCACAUACUUGACUGGGUCAGCUGUGGGCGUGGUCGUCGACACCAGCGAGAACAACAACAACAACAGCAGCAGCAAGAACAGCAACAACACCAGCAGCAACAACCACAACAAUCACAGGUGCCAACUCGCAGCGGGCGUCGGUCACGCCCCCAUGAAACUUACAGAGGGACGCCUCUUUCCAUGUUAAUAUCACAUGGCAUUAAGAUUAGCAAUAGUAGACUAGCUGUGAUAAUUUUUGGUAUAGUUACAUUAAUCUUAGGCAUAGUUUUAUCAUCCAUACCAUGGUUGGAUUACUUUAUACUAAAGAAUUUAAGGCUGUGGAAUGACACUUUAAGCUAUCACUAUUGGCAGAGACCCGGAGUUAUACGGCUAACCAAGGUAUACAUCUACAAUGUAACCAAUCCGGAUGGAUUUCUCAACGGCGAGAAGCCCAAGCUGCAGGAAGUGGGUCCAUUUGUCUACAGAGAAGACAUGGAGAAGGUGAAUGUUAAAUUCCAUGAGAACAAUUACACGGUGUCAUAUCAGCAUAAGAAAAUCUUACAAUUUGUUCCUGAACUGAGUAUUGAUAAGAACACGCCCAUAGUAACGCCCAAUAUACCAAUGCUGACCCUGACUAGUUUGAGUCCCAAGUUGGGGUAUCUGCUGUCCAGAACAAUAUCCUUUGUGCUAACUGCCGCCAAGUUUAAGCCCUUUAUAAACGUGACAGCUGAUCAACUGGUUUUUGGCUAUGACGAUGCGUUAGUUAGCCUGGCACAUAGAUUCUAUCCAAAGCAUAUGAGACCCAUGGAAAAGAUGGGAUUACUUAUAGCUCGCAAUGGCACUCUGACGGAAGUGUCCAGCAUUAAAACCGGGUAUCGGGGCAUGGACCAAUUUGGCUAUAUUGAUUCCCUCAAUGGCAUGGAUCAUUUGCCGCACUGGAAUGAGGGUCCCUGCACGAGUAUUGCCGGCUCCGAGGGAUCCUUCUUUCCGCCACGUGACAUUACCAAAUCGGAUACGGUACAAAUCUACGACAAGGAUCUGUGCCGCAUUAUACCCCUGAAAUAUGUUGAGAGUGUGGAGAAAGAUGGUCUCGCCGCAGAUCUGUUUCGAUUACCCAACAAUGUGUACGGCGAUUCGACAAACAAUCCGGCGAACAAGUGCUACGACUCCGGCGACUAUGAUGCACCUAAUGGCCUCCAGAAUAUCAGUCCAUGUCAGUAUGGCGCACCCGUCUAUAUAUCAAAUCCGCAUUUCUAUGAAGCCGAUCCUGAGCUGCUCGAUGCGGUUGAAGGUCUAACGCCGCAGCGAGAGAAACAUGAAACCUACUUCAAAAUACAACCGAAACUUGGAGUGCCUCUAGAGGGCAAGGUGCGCAUUCAGCUUAACCUGAAGGUCACUCGCGCCAAGGACGUUCAUCCGGUGCGUGACUUUCGAGAUUUCGUGUUUCCAGUUAUGUGGCUGGAAGAGGGCAUUUCGGAGCUAACACCCGCCAUUAAACGCUGGCUCUACCUGGCCACUGUGAUUGCUCCGCAUGCGGUGCCCAUUGGAUCUUACCUGAUGAUCGUGGGUGGAGCAUCGGCAGUUAUAUUCAGCUUUAUUCGUGCCUAUCAAAACAUUGUGUUUGGCCGCGAUCCAAGUCUGGAAAUUCUCGAGAUGGGGCGACGUUCGCUGCGACGCGGCAGCAGCUUUAUUGCCCAUCAGCAGCACAAGCUGCUCCUACAUCAUCGGGACAGCUACUCACUGCUCCGCACAAUGCCACAUGCCAUGACCGCCUGCCUCGAUCCCGAUCUCGAGAGUAACAGCGACGAUGUUCAACCGAUUAUUGAUUGUACAACGCCCAGUCAGGAAGCAUAGUACAAGAUUUCUGCGUGUGCGAGUGUGCGAUUCAGUAGGUGUGUGUGUCUGUGUGUGAUUACACUAUGUAACAGCCAGAUUGUAAAUAAACCCACUUCUUGGUUACCAAUGGAGCCCUAGAUGAGAAAAAACACCUGAAAACAAUUUUGUACUGUAACAUUCUCAAGCAAGGUAUAAAUGCAAAUUUACCUUUAAACAAAAAAAAAAAGAAAAAUAGGUUUUAAACUUUCUUAAACAAUGUCUCACCAUAGAAAAAUUUGUCAUUUGUGGUCCGAUAGACUUUUUUUAUUUCAAAAUUUUAUUUGUGUAGGGGUCCUUCUAAAUUAUUUUUAAAGCAAUUGACCUAAAUGUUUAUUAAUGGUUGAUUUGAUUUUAAUGAGUUUAACAUUCUCAAGUAAUGAUAACAAAUUCAGGCUCACCAAUAUAAAAAAGAUAGAUACUUAAAAAACCAUACAAAUUUUUGAAAGUGUUUUUUUUUUUACCUGUGGUCCGAUAUGCUUAAAAAAAAGUGAAUUCGGUAAAAGUUACAAGAAAAAAAUGAAAUUUACUUGCCUAGUGUUAUCCCUGAGUGUUAGUGUUUGUGAAAUUCACUAUGGCUUAGGCUUAGUCGUAUUGUGGCCAAUAUCGUGGCAUAGUGGGUGAAGUACUUACCCAAAAAAAAGAUUUCGAUGUUACAGGGUUUUUAUUCAUUUCAUUUGCACAUCUUAACCAAUUUGAUUUCAUAAUUCAUUUUCUUGCAACCAAAAGCCAAAUCGGGUUUGCUAGUUAUAUACUAUACAUAGAUAUAUGAAGAUAUAUAUAUAUAUAUAUAUUUAUAGUUAUGAUAUGUAAUUUGUAAUUGUUAAAGCUACAAAUUCACUAGUCAUUUUUACAAUGUGAAAAAUGCGAGCUCGUUUCUAGUUCUACUUAGCUAGUUAGGUAUUCUAAUUAAUUAAUUAAACUAAGUUACAUUUAAUUAAUAAAUAUUUAAUGAUAUAGGCAGCGGAUGUUUUAAAGUUUAUACGAUUUUUUGUAUAUGAAAUAAAUCAAAUAUUAUUUUACAUA